AUGGGCAUGAGGAAACGAAGUGCUACCACCCUACCAAAACACAUUAUCGAGUCUUUUCGGCAGCAGCAACAACAAUCAUCAUCACGAACGGCUUCACGACAUCGACGAGCCGUCAGGGGACGUCGUACCCGACACCUGCUGAUUACCAAACGAGACCAUGACAACAACGACGAUCAUGAGCGAAUACAUCAUGUAGAACCAGAGCACGGUGAGGAUCGUCCGUCUGCCAAACGUCUUCGAAUGUCUCGCAUUAUCAUGGGAUCACGGUUGCACGAAUCGGCACAAAAAGAUGAUGCCCCAGACGAGGAAGAUUGGAAGUUGAAUCAUGAAGACAGCGAAGAUCAAGAGGAAACUGAAGAAGAGGAUCAAGAAGAAGAAGAUCAGGAAGAAGACGAGGAGGAAGAAGAAAGUUCUCUGGAAGAGCCUUCACCUUCUCCAUCUCCAGGUGGUAUGAUCGAUGCCUAUCUUGAACCGUCAAUGCACCCUGAAGCAUCUGCUACGGUUGCACCACCAUUACAUUUCCCAAAUGACAACUGUCCGCGUGCCAUUCGUUUGCGCUUUGGCGAAUCGGUACAGGGGACCACCGAAGGAGCGUUGUUGCUCCCAGAUGCCUCCAAUAUUAAUGUGUGCGGGAGCAACAACAAUGAGGAGCCCAUCCGUGGGAUCUGGUAUCGCUUUCGUGGCUUUCAAAACCCACUACGACUGACACUACAGGUACCAGAAGAUUCACAACUAGGUGCACACAUGACUCUCUUCCGUGGUCCCAGCUGCAAUCGGCUGGAAUGUAUCAACUCGUUUGAAUCGGACACGAAUACUGUUACCGUCACGUGGCCCCCGCAAGAAGGAGAGCGAUACUAUGUCUUGGUUCAUGGCGGAGACAGGUCACAACAACCGCAACAAUCAGAAGUGCAGGAGGAGUCCUUUGAGAUUGUGGUGCAAGAAUUACCCGCAGCAACAGGGUCGUCGUCUUAUGGAAAAGACAAUUCUGACAACAGUGAAUCUGGCAACAAGAAGGAUGCAAAAGGAGGGUCGUCUGAGGAGGAGGAAGAUGUAAACGAGGAAGAGGAGGAAGAAGAUGAAGAUGACGGUGACGAAGGAACCAUUGUUCUUGCAGCCACUGGUUUUGAAACAGUAGAGCCAAGACCCAGCAAUGAUGAGUGCAUUGAUGCUUUGACCAUUGUCGUUCCAAGCCGGAUCUUGGGGACCACAAUCAAUGCGACCUGGGCAAGUGAUCUCGUUUUCGAUGGUCGAUGCGAUGACAACUUGGACGCUGCCGAAUGGGACUACUCUACUCCUGGUGUGUGGUAUCGAUUUGAGCUGUCGGUUGGCCACGCGGCUCGAGUUGCUGUAGAAUCGACUGCCAACCAAACCCAACUUACUGUCUUGGAGGGAGAUGGCUGCGAGGCUUUGUUAUGCAUGGCAAGAUCAAGAGGGGACACCGAACUGAUCAUUCGUCAAGCCAGUUCCACCAGCGACGGCGGCAGCAACACCACCUCACAGGUCUAUCACAUCUUGGUUCAGGUCGGAACUCAUAUCCAACCGUUGGUAUCUUCCAGCGGUGCAGUCAACGCUACAUCCGCACCUACGGAGAACGGAAUAGUACCAGUGGCACCAAGUUUCUUGAGUAGCAUUUGUGAUCCUUCGGUGCUGAACCCCGCCGUGAAUGAUGGCGAGUUUCUAGUCGAAUGUGAGAAGGAGUGUUUAGAGGCAGCGUGUUGCUGGAAGGAAUCGCACCCAACGGACUGCUCGGAAGUGCCCAAUUGUGCAGCUUACCUUCAACCAUGCGGUGAAUUCUUUGUCGGCGCCACGACCGAGUUGGAGGCCGUGAUUUUUGAUGUUCACGUUAGCCGGAGCCUGCCACAACCGACCCAAUUCGUGGGAGGUGAUUUUGUAUUGUUGAUCGAAUCGGUUGACGGAGCCGACAUAGCCGAACCAGUUGCCGAAGACAGAUCAGCAGGCGGAAAGCAAGCGAGAAGCGUUCACGGAGGUCUUGUUCGACAACCAAAAUCCAUGUUGGAAGCUCGCGUUCAAUUGGAUUCUUUGGGAAACACAAUCGAAAAGAGACCUCCCUCUGAGGACUUUGCUAUUCAAAGGAGCAGCGACCAAACCACUUCGGCGAGCAGCUCUGGUUCUGGGCCACUGCCGAUGUUGGGAUAUUCGGGCUCUGUUGUCUUUGAAACCAAACCAAACCGAACGUACUAUGUGGUCAUCCGUGGCCAGACAUCCGAGGCAACUGGCAAUUUUCAGAUUUCUGCCUCAGCACGUUUUGCUUCCCCUUCGUUGGCACCAGCAGCUCCCCUGCCCUCUUUGCCCACUUCUUUGCCCCCCACCGUCCCAACUGGAACCUCGUUGCCAAUCAUGGAGCAGCCAACAACUGGAACCUCCCUGCCAAUCAUGGAGCGGCCAACGGUGGCAACAGACGAGCCAACACAAGAGCAACCAAUGCCACAGCCUUCAGUACCUUUGACGGAAACACCUUCAACACCGAAUGCAACAGAUAUGCCCUUGCCUCCUAACAGAGUCUGUCAAGAGUCAACCAGAUUGAUCUUUGGUUCCAAGAUUGAAGGAUCCACCUACAGAGCAACGCUUGAUCCAGACUUUACUGCCUGUGAUGGUGGUCUUGGCCUCGGUUUUGGUAUCUGGUUCAGGUUUACAGCAGGCAGUGAUCCUUUAGAGGUUCAAGUUGAGGCAAACUACAGGACAAGGCUCACUGUGCUUGCUGGUCCUAACUGCGACAACCUGGAAUGCAUAGAUCAAGUACUGGGAACAAAAGGCGAACCAUUGUUGUCAUUUAUGUUGGAUGCUGAGAGUGGAUUGCGUCACUAUGUUGUUGUGGAUGGAGUAGAUGGUGGGACCGGGCCUUUCAAUAUUACAGUUGUUGAAAGACCUGGAUUUGUGUUGCCUACUUUGGAUCCCACUGGCAGCCCAACAGCUGUCACAUAUACUCCAACAGCAUCACUGGACACAAUGCCCACGCUCUUGCCUACAGUGGUUGCCACAGAUUCGCCAACAAAUCCUGUGCCGGUGGAGGGACCGUCUGCUAGUCCAACUUCCCUUCCCAUGGAGUCAAACCCCCCAAUGGUAGACCAAACCCCGUCACAGCUUUCAACAACAACUCCUACUACUUUGGACACACGCCAGCCAAAUGCAUUGGAAGUGGUCACACUGUCUCCAUCUUUAGAAAUUCCAGGUCUUCCUGCUGGCACAAUUCCAACUCCUUCCGAAGUUGUGCUCAGAAUCUAUUUCAAUAUCACCUACUCUAUCAGCAAUGCAUCAGAACCAAGCACAGGCGCAACACAAACUGCAACUACAGAUAUAAGCCGAUUCUUUCAGCGGAGUCUGCCUAUUCCACGCCAGAGCAACAUCAUCAAGCCAACUGAUGCAGAAGAAGACAACCUGAUUGAAAACACUUUUGAUUUCUACAUUGGAAUCUUAUCAACUUCAUACCCUCUCAUCAUGCUUGAUUUUCUUGCUGAAGCAAUGGAGCAUGGGCAGCGGGGUGCUGGAUUUUGGCUGCAUUUUUCAGUGGAUGUCUUCUUCUCAAGCCUACCACCCUUUGAUGAGGUCGCUGGCACAAUUCAAAAUGCUGACUACAACAUCUAUGUCUUUGACUUUGUUCAUCCGGCGGGGCCUUAUUUCAGCUUGACUGAUGGUGUUGCCCUUUCUUUCAGAGUUGGUGAGGAUGGAGAGACUGAAGAGAUAGAGAUAUCUGCAUCUGCCCCCAUGCUAGAAGGAGGACGAACUUCACCACCCCCUGCAACAAGAGCUGAUGAAACUGCCAACUCUGAUGAUGUAGCCAAUGACAGCUGUUCAGGUUCUAAGUUCCUCCCGACAGGUGCCUCUUCAAGGGGGUCCACUCUUCUGGCAAGUGCUGACAGUGUUCCAGUUUGUGGCUUGGCUUCUAGUGCGCCAGGUGUUUGGUAUAGUCUUUUUGUUUCAACUGGAGCAAUUGAUGUCUCCUUUGAAUCAAAUUACUUUGCACAGAUAUCAAUAUUUUCAGGUGAAUGUGAUUCUCUGCAAUGUGUUACUGGUACUCAAGGUGUCUUUGCUGGUGGCACAGCUGGCUUUGCUAUGUUUAAUGCAGAAGAAUCAGAGAAGUACUAUCUCUAUGUUCAUGGUGAUUCUAAUGCUGGCAACUUCAAUGUUACGAUACAAGAUGCAACCCCACCUCCCAAUGUUGAUUGUGAGGAGUCUUUGCCAGUAGAAAUGGGAGAUUCGAUGCAAGCGCUGAUGAGACAUGCAACAAGCAGUACACUUCCUAACUGUGAACAGCAAGCACAAAUGGAUCACCAGGGUCUUUGGUAUCGUCUUGUUGGUGAUGGUUCCAUUACAAGGGUUGCAUUUGAUGGUGAUUUUGAGAUGCAACUUUCAAUCUUUGCUGGAAGCACUUGUGACAACAUAGUCUGUGCUGAGACAUCUGAAUCUACACAAUCAGGUUCUCUUGCUUGGGUGGCUGAAAGUGAUGUUACCUACUACUUGUUUGUUGCAAACCAUAACAACGACUUCACCCUGAGCAGCAGCAAUUUCUCCCUCACCAUAGACAAUGCCCGGAAGCGAGCCCUGCAAAGUGAACCAACAGCGGUUCCUUUGCCCACUAACAGAGUCUGUCAGGCUGCAUCAAAAUUGGAAUUUGGAUCCACAAUGGUAGGAUCUACUUACAGAGCAACAUUUGACGCAGACUUCACUCCAUGUGUGGGUGGCCUUGGCCUGGGUUUUGGGAUCUGGUUCAGGUUUACACCAGGCAGUGAUCCUUUAGAGAUUCAAGUUGAGGCAAACUACAGGACGAGGCUCUCUGUGCUGGCUGGUCCUAACUGUGACAACCUGGGAUGUAUAGAUCAAGUACUGGGAGCAACAGGUGAAUCUUUGCUGUCAUUUUUGCUGGAUGCCGAGAGUGGGUUGCGCCACUAUGUUGUUGUGGAUGGAGUAGAUGGUGGAACUGGGCCAUUCAAUAUAACUGUUGUAGAAAGACCUGGAUUUGUGGUUCCUACACUGGACCCAACCGGCAAUCCCACUGCAGCCACAGAAACUCCAACAACAUCCCCAACAAAUUUGCCAACAACCUCAGAGCCUUCUGCUUCCCCAACAUUGGCACCAGCAGCCACUCCAACCUCUUUGCCCACUUCUCUACCAACUUUGGCCUCCAUUUCAACCCUCAUGCCAAGCGUAGAAACAGAUGAGCCAACCAUACAAAACCCAAUGCCACAGCCCACUGAACCACCUAUAACUCCAAAUCCAACAGCGGUGCCUUUGCCAUCCAACACUGUCUGCCAAGAGUCAUCAAGAUUGAUCUUUGGUUCCAAGGUUGAAGGAUCCACCUACAGGGCAACACUGGAUCCAGAUUUCACUCCCUGUGAUGGUGGCCUCGGCCUUGGUUUUGGGAUCUGGUUCUCGUUUAGAGCAAGAGAUGAUCCUAUUUUGAUUCAAGUUGAGGCAAACUACAGAACAAGGCUCAGUCUGCUGGCUGGUCCCGACUGUGACAACUUGGAAUGUAUAGAUCAAGUACUGGGAGCAGCAGAUGGUGAAUCCUUGUUAUCAGUUCUGGUGGAUGCAGAGAGUGGAUUGCGCCAAUAUGUUGUUGUAGAUGGUGUGAAUGGUGGGACUGGUCCCUUCAAUAUAACAAUUGUUGAAAGACCUGGGUUUUUGCCUCCUACUUUGGAUCCCACUGGCAGUCCAAUCUCCCUUCCCAUGCAGACAAGUUCCCCAGUGGUAGACCGAACCCCAUCAGAGCUUCCAACAACAGACCCUACUGACGUAUUGGUAGUGGCCACACUGUCUCCAUCUUCGGAAAUUCCAGGUCUUCCCACUGGUACAAUUCCAACUUCUUCAGAAGGUGUGCUCAGACUCUAUGUCAAUAUCACCUACUCUAUCAGCAAUGGAUCAGAACCAAACCCAGGCUCAACCCGAACUGCACCUACAGAUAUUAGCCAAAUCUUUCAACAGAGUGUGUCAUUCCCACGACAGAGCCAAAUCAUCCAACCAACUGAUGCUGAAGAAGACAACCUGAUUGAAAACACUUUUGAUUUCUACAUUAGAGUUUUGUCUGCUUCAUAUCCUAUCACAAUGCUUGAUUUUCUUGCAGCUGUAAUUGAGCAUGGGCAGCUGGGUGCUGGAUAUUGGCUGUAUUUUGCAGCUGAUGUCUUCUUCUCAAGCCUACCACCUUCUGAAGAGGUCACUGGCACAUUAGAAAAUGCUGACUACAACAUGUAUAUCUUUGACUUUGUUCAUCCCGCGGGGCCUUAUUUCAGCCUGACAGACAGUGUUGCCCUUUCUUUUAGGGUUGGUGAGGAUGGGGAGACAGAAGAGUUAGAGAUAGCUGCAUCUGCCCCCAUGCAAGAAGAAGUACCGAGUUCACCACCCCCUGCAUCAACAACUCCAAACAUUCCAACUCAGCAACAAUCAAUGGAACCAAGUUCAGUAGACUCAACUGGGUCUGCACUGGUUCCCACAAUACUUCCAACAGUUGAGUCUGAGGACUACCUCCUCCCUUCUUCCCUGUUUAGUUCUGAUGAAAAGGAAUUAACACAGAGUCCAAUUACUGAAGACAGUGCCUCUCAAGACGAUCCAGCAGCAUUGCCUAAUGAGAGCUGUCAGGGAUCUCUCAGGGUGUUGUUUGGUGUGACUGUUCAAGGUUCCACUAGUAUGGCCAAUUUUGAUGAAGGAUUUUCACCAUGUGGUGGGGAGAUCGGCAGUGCUGCUUGGUAUAGGUUCCGGGCCAGGGGAAAUCCAAUUGAGGUGGUCCUUGAGUCAAGCUUCAGUGCCACUCUUGUUGUCAUUGAAGGGCCACAUUGCAAUCGUCUGGAAUGUGUUGAACAAGUUUUUGGGAUCAUACCCCCGGUAUCUUAUGCCUGGGAUGCCACGGAAGGGCUGAGAUACUAUGUGAUUGUAAAGGGCAUGACAGGUCAUGUUGGUGAUUUCAAUUUGACUGUUAUGGAGAGACCAACAUCUGUGCCAAUUCUGUUCCCAGCACCAACUGUUCUCCCUACAGUAGAGUCUGAUGACUACUUCCCUUCUUCCACUAUGGAUGGCUCUAAAGAGGGUCUUGAAGAAGAUUGGGUUCCUAUCAAUGAUUUUUCAGAAGAUGAUGGUCAAGCACCGGCUAUCACUUCUGUCAAGCCAUCGCAAAAUGAUAGCUGUCAAGGAUCGGUCAGGUUGGAGUUUGGUAAGACAGUUCAGGGUUCAUCAAGCAAGGCAAAAAAUAGUGAAGGUGUGUCACCCUGUGGUGUUGGAAUUGGGAAAGCUCUGUGGUUCAGUUUCGGUGCAACGGGCAAGCCUAUUGAAGUUGUCCUGGAGUCAAGCUUCAGUUCAACUUUGAUUGUUUUAAAAGGGCCCGAAUGCAACAACCUGCAAUGUGUUGAGCAAGUUUUUGGGAUCAUUCCACCACUGUCAUUUGCCUGGCAUCCCCAGAAAGGCGAGGAGUAUUAUGUGGUUGUACAAGGCAUGAAUGAUCGUGCUGAUGAAUUUGAUUUGACUGUGUUUGAAGGACAGGCAACAAGUUCUACAGCUGGAUCAGGAGGUGACUCCAAUGGACACAGGACUCUACCGAAUGGUUGGGAAAGAGCUCGUAGUAGGGAUCAGGAAAAGCAGCUUGAAUUGCGUUCUCAGGAUGGUUGUCCAGACGUGAUGGAUAUCUUAGUUGGGACUACAGUUACUGGGUCAACAGCCACAGCGAAGCAUUUGCAAGAUUUUCCAACAUGUGGAAAUGUCGUGGAAAGAGGAAUAGCUUACAGAUUCAUGGCUACCAAUGACAAGCUUGAAGUACUACUACAAACCAAUUUUCUGGUUCGAUUGACAAUUUUGCAUGGGGCAAAAUGUAGCAACUCGCAGUGCUUCCUUCAGAUCACAGGAUCGUCAUCCAAUGCAGCUAAUCUGUCACAUUCCUGGGAUGUUGAACCAGGAGAGCAAUAUUAUCUCAUUGUCGAUGAUCCAGCAUACCAGGGUGGUGAAUUCAGCUUGACAGUGCUUUCAAAGGGAUCUUCAAAAUUGCUACCCACCGGUAGAUCAUCAAGUCCAAUCAGGGGAUCAUUAAUUUCAAUCGCAUACAGAGAUCGAAAAGAUUCUCCGCGUUCUUCGGGGCCAUCAUUAAAUGAUAGCUGUCUAGGAUCUCAAAGGCUACUAUUUGGCGUGACUGUUCAGGGUUCAACAACCAUGGCCAGAGUUGAUGAAGCCAUGUCACCAUGUGGAGGUGAGAUUGGAAGAGCUGUGUGGUACAGAUUCAGAGCAAUGGGCAUGCCAUUGGAGGUUGUCCUAGACACAAGCUUCGCUGCACGGUUAACUAUCCUUCAGGGCCAAAAUUGCCACAGCUUGCAUCAAUGCAUUGAUCAAGGGUUUGCAUCCCAUUCUUCAGUGUCGUACGGGUGGGAUGCUCAGGAAGGGGAACGAUACUAUGUGCUUGUAAGGGACCAAAAUGGCCAGACUGGUGAAUUCAAUCUGACUGUAUUUGAGAGGCCUUCCAUGAACUUUCCAUCAUUUGAACCGGCCACGACGCCAUCAAAUCCAGAUACGGCGACUGGAUCAGAUGACUACUUCUUGCCAUUGUUGAAACCAACUCAAGCAGUUCCCACACCAAGACCCACACCAAGGCCAACCCCCAGGCCAACCCCCAGGCCAACCCCAAGGCCAACCCCAAGGCCAAGACCCACACCAAGACCCACACCAAGACCGAGGCCGACGACAAGACCAACAGAAGCACCGAGCUUGCAGCAAACAAAUUCUCCAGCAAAUGACUCAUGUCCUGGAAGUAUACAGUUGGAGAUUGGUGGCAGUGCCAUUGCUGGAUCUACAUCGUUGGCAAAUGAAGACAACGAGCCGCUUUGUUCUGCGCCGGAAGAAGCUGGACCUGAAAGUUCUCCUGGCUCCUGGUACUUUAUACUUGGAACCGGAAGUCCGAUUGAGAUUUCGUUUGUUGCUGACUUCGCAGCACGCAUUGAUGUCUUUGUUGGCAACUCGUGCGAUUCUAAGGCUUGUACAGUAGGAGAAGAAGCGAUGCCCCUGCCUCCACCCCCUUCGAACAAUUUCUGUGAAGGAAGAGAAAUUAUCGGUAUUGGCGGCACUGUCUCCGCAUCAACAGUGUCUGCUUCUGAAGACAGUAUAGAUUCAUGCGGAACCAAUUCGGAAUCUGCUCCUGGCGUUUGGUUUUCGUUCUUUGCAAGUGGCGCAGCAAUUCGGGUAGCGUUCACUGCAGAUUUUGAUGCUCAGCUUUCUGUCUUUGAAGGGUUGUCAUGCAGGUCUCUUGCUUGCGUAGACGGUACAGAAGGGUAUCCGACCGAUGUUAACUCUGGUCAGGUCAUUUUUGAGUCGAUUGAAGGCCGAGAGUACUUUAUGUUUGUGCACGGCUUUAAUGGAGCGGUGGGCUCAUUCGAGUUGAGCAUUGAAGAAACCGUUCAGCCUGAAAACGAUAGCUGCGGUGAUGCCGUCUCCCUUGCCCUCGGUGAAACAGUGACCGCGUCAACUUCUCUGGCAUCUCACAGUGACGCAGACCAUUGCGGGAGUACCGUUCUUGGCGGUCCAGGAAUUUGGUACCUGGCUCCACGUGGGACUGGUGGACGUUUCAACAUCACCGUGCUGGCAGAGUAUGAUGCUCAAUUGGUAUUGUACUUAGGAGAUAAUUGCGAAGAGCUUUCUUGUGUCGAUGGCAUCGCUGGAGAACCUCCAGGCUUUCAGACUCUUUUUCUGGAGUGGGAUUCCCAACCAGACACGAUGUAUUUCAUCUUGGUCAACGGUUUCUUUGGGCAAAGUGGAACUUUUGAGCUCUACAUGGACGGAGAAAACCCGACACCUCCGAACGAUGCUUGCUUGGAUGCCCAAGAGCUACAGCUGGGGCGACCUUUAAGCGGAUCUACGCGCUAUGCUACUGUUGACAAUGUCGAACUGUGCAGCAAUGUUCCAAAUACUUCACCAGGGCUGUGGUACGUCACUUCAGGGACCGGCGGCGUUAUGAGGGUGAGCUUUGAAGCAAACUACGAUGCUCGUAUGGUGGUUUACACUGGCACAUGCCUCUCUCUUAGCUGUAUUGGAGAUAGUGCUUCAUACGAGAUCAGGCAGUCAGCAACAGACAAAGUGAAAUCAGGAUAUGCCGAAUUUGAAACCUCUGUUGGGCAGUCGUACUAUUCGUUUGUUUUUGGGUUUGCAUCGAUUGGGGAUCAGUUUGAGAUUCAAGUGGAGACCCCCGGGCCGCAUUCUCCCAUUUUCGCUCCUAGCGCCAACCCCACGACACCAGCGAGAGAAACUCCCACUGAAAGUGCACCAAUGCCGUCUUCCUUGCCUUCGGUCUCGACAAUCAAUGGACCGAGUAACCAACCCACGUCGGAGCCGUCCGAAAACCCCGUUGAGCUACAGGUUCCCAGCACGAAUCCAACGAACGAAAUGACGAGCCAACCUAUUGCUACACCUACCGCAACUCCCAGUUUCCAGCCUACCAGUGCCGCUCAAACCGCUCAAACAGAAGUACCCAGUGCAAGUCCAACCAAGGCAACAACGAGCGAUCCAACAGUUGCAUCCACGGCAACGCCCAGUUUCCAGCCUACUAGCGUCGCACAAAUAGAAGUACCCAGCACGAAUCCAACCAAGGCAACAACGAGCCAACCUACUGUUGCACCCACGGCAACGCCCAGUUUCCAGCCUAGUGCCACGCAAACAAAAUUGCCCAGCUCGAAUCCAACGAAAGCACCAACUAGACAACCUACUGAUACCCCCACGGCAACGCCCAGUUUCCAGCCUAGCAGUGCCGUGCAGACAGAUUUGCCCAGCACCAAUCCAACUGUCUUUCCAACUGUUUCUACUGCUGCCCCAAGUAGGAUCCAAAGCGAUCGCCCCAGCACAACUCCAAGCAGUCUGCCAAGCGUUGUCCCGAGCACAACACCAACCCAAGCUCCAACAACAACCAGCCCCACUCCCCAGCCUUCAACGAGUCUGCCUACCAAUCCACCAAUAGCACAGCCAAGCUUGCCACCGAUGGUAAUUCCUGCGGUGCCACUGCCUGGUGGGGCUCAAUGCUUCGACGCAGUCUUAUUUGAAAUUGGGAGCAAAGUGAGCAGCUCAACAUCUGAUGGGCCUACGAACAGUGCGGAAGUAUGUGGUUCUGCAAGCCUACAGGGGAGAGGUGGCUCUUGGUAUAUCCUAAUUGGAGACGGUUCACAAUUGAGUGCAACUCUGAUGAUUAAUGGCCCUGGCCAGGUGGUUGUCUACCAGGGCACAUGUGACGAACUCCAGUGCAUUCGUGGGGCUCUGCGUAGUUUUUCAGAUGAAUCAGUCACUGUCACUUGGGCGGCAGAACAAGGCGUACCGUACUUUGUUGUGGUUCAAGGCCUUCCUACAUCCAGUCUUGACUACGAGCUAUCAAUAAUUUCGAUGGGGCUUGGCGUGGGCCAACUCCCUGAUGGAGGAGCCAUUCAAGGAAAUGAAAGGGAAACUGCAGAGCCUUCAACUGCAACAACACAAGCUCUCUCUUCGGUGUCUCCUUCAACCCCACCAACGGCAGCUCUCUCUUCAGUGUCACCGUCAAACCCACCAACAGCAGAUCUUUCUUCUCUCUCGCCUUCACGCACUCCCACAAGUCAACCUUCUAGCAACUCAGCUCCAGACACAACAACAGUACCAUCCUCAAGUGGAUUUGUAACAAGUCCAACACUGGCAACAGAACCUGCUGCUGUCCUAGCUCCUGGCAAUCGUACAGAGUGCCCAAUGGCGGCUGCUGUUAGUGUCCAACAAAGAUUGAGAAGUUCCUUGACAACCGCAACCAUCGACUCCAGCACGGAAGGUUUCACUUGUGGGCUGGUGGACACUGCUUCGACACUCGGGCUGUGGUAUUCGAUCGCCGGCACGGGCCUUGUCUUGAAAGCCAGGCUCGAGUCAGAUGAUCCCACGGAAGUUGCGGUAUUUGAGGCGCCUCUGACGAACGGAACGGAGAUUCCAUCGUUUUGCGACAACCUGGUCUGCAUCGAUGGCACUCUUGUUACACGGAUCAGCUACUUUUCGAGCUCGACUAGCUGGGCUACCCGGGAAGGCUAUGCUUACUUCCUCUUUGUCCACACUGCAAUCAUUGAUCCAGAAACACCCCCGGCGCAACCAACUGGCAGGUUCGUCUUGACUAUUGAGUCCACGGCCGCUCCUUUCAACGACGAGUGUCCCUUUGCACAAACCUUGUUUUCGCGCGACGGUGGCCCCAUCGUAGUGAACGAUUGGACGUACUUUGCAACAUCGGAAGAAGUUGCGGAUUGCAACAACCCCGGAACGCUGUCUGAGACGACCGGAUUGUGGUACUCCCUGCCAUCUGGCAAUGAUGCCAAUACGACUCUAUCAUUGACGGCAGACUUUGAAGCCCGAGUUUCAAUCUACGAUGGAAGCAGGUGCGACUCCAUACGCUUUUCCUGUGCGAAUGUAACCGAGGGAUUGUCCGUGAACAGCGCCCCAUACUACAGCAAUCCCGUUGUAGAGCGAUCCUUUACUUGGCCGACUCCGACAGGCACACAGCACUACAUUCUUGUCUCUGGAGCCACGCCCGACGACCUAGGGGAAUUCUACAUGGUGGUGGAUCAAUAG